CGCCUGCCGCUCCGGGGUCUCGGCGCCGGAAGGCCACGCGCGGCGCCGGAAGUGACGCGCCAGCGUGCUGACGCGCGGGCUCGAGCUGAGGCCCGAUUCCGCGCCCGCCAUGGCCGACAAAAUGGACAUGUCUCUGGACGACAUCAUUAAGCUGAACCGGAGCCAGCGAGGCGGCCGCGGCGGGGGCCGGGGCCGCGGCAGGGCCGGCUCCCAGGGCGGCCGUGGAGGCGGGGCGCAGGCCGCCGCGCGGGUGAAUCGAGGCGGCGGACUCAUGCGGAACCGGCCGGCCAUCGCCCGCGGCGCUGCGGGCGGCGGCGGCAGGAACCGGCCGGCGCCCUACAGCAGGCCCAAGCAGCUUCCCGACAAGUGGCAGCACGACCUGUUCGACAGCGGCUUCGGGGGCGGUGCCGGCGUGGAGACGGGGGGCAAGCUGCUGGUGUCCAACCUGGACUUCGGAGUGUCAGACGCCGACAUCCAGGAACUCUUUGCUGAAUUUGGAACGCUGAAGAAGGCGGCUGUGCACUAUGAUCGCUCUGGCCGCAGUUUAGGGACAGCAGAUGUGCACUUUGAACGGAAAGCAGAUGCCCUGAAGGCUAUGAAACAGUACAACGGUGUCCCUUUGGAUGGCCGCCCCAUGAACAUCCAGCUUGUCACAUCACAGAUUGACACACAGCGGAGACCUGUACAGAGCAUAAACAGAGGUGGUAUGACUAGAAACCGUGGCUCUGGAGGCUUUGGUGGUGGUGGCACCAGGAGAGGGACCCGUGGAGGUAGCCGGGGAAGAGGCAGAGGUACCGGCAGGAAUUCAAAGCAGCAGCUCUCUGCGGAGGAGCUGGACGCGCAGCUGGACGCCUAUAAUGCAAGGAUGGACACCAGUUAAACAGCCGGGCAAACCGUGUGUGGAACAGGACCCAGACGUCUCGUCCCUGCUCCCUGGUGGGAGGGGGUGCUGGGCUGUGCAGCCAAUGACGGAUUUGUUUCUUUUAUGUUUUAAAAUAGGAUUUAAAAACUCAUGUAAAGGUUUUUUCUUUCUUUCUUUCUUUUUUUUUUUUUUAAUUCUGAAACAGACCUGUUUUGUACCAAGUUAUUUUUGGGAUAAAUUUUACUGGUUGCUGUUGUGGAGAAGGUGACGUUUUUCACCUUUGCCAUAAUAAAAUAGAAACGUGUGUAGACCUGGAA